AUGUACACAGUCAUUAAAAUUAUUUUGAUCAUAAUAAUUUCAAGCUCUAUAGCUUAUAGUUUGCAGGAAGGCUCAUUCUGUAAAACUAAAAACGAUGAGAAUGGUGUUUGUAAAAGAUAUUCUGAUUGCCCAUUAAUAUUAAAUAAAUUAAGAAAUAGAGAAAUCGGAAGGAGCGAUGUUAUUGACUGCAACGCUUAUGGAGUGAUUUGCUGUCCUGUCGAAAUUGCAAGAAUUAAAGGAGAGAUUAGCAAUAGAAAGUGUAAAGAAAUUGAAAGUCUCACUCAAACUAAAAUUCGUGUUGGAGUCAGCAUUCUCAAUCCGAAUGGAACAUUGCUGACAGCAUCAAGAUGCAAGCACAAAUCGGUGUCAUUAAUUGUUGGUGGGGAAGAAGCAUAUCGAUAUGAAUUCCCACAUCAAGCUCUCUUGGGUUACAUGACAGGAAAAGGGAUCCAAUGGGCAUGUGGAGGAUCGCUGAUUUCCUCAAAAUAUGUUUUGACUGGUAUGAAAUUUUUAAUUUACUUCUCUGAAUGUAAUAAACUUACUUCUUUCCUAGCUGCUCAUUGCAAUUACCGAAGAAGUUUAAGAGAGAUAAAGUUCGUCAAAUUAGGAAUGCUUGAUCGUUCACAAGAUGACAGUGAUGUUUUUAUUUAUAAUGUCAUUAACAAGAUUAUCCAUCCUCAAUACGAUAGAAUAUCUUUUAACAACGAUAUUGCACUUCUUGAAUUGGACAAAGAUGUGAAGUUUAGUGAAUAUAUCUAUCCAAUCUGCUUACCAACAAGGCAACAUGACGAAGAAAAAGCUAUCGUCACAGGUUUAGGAACAACUGGUAAAGGUCAUGCCCAAUCUGAGAAAUUACUUAAAGUUGUACUGGAAAAGUUCUCAAAUAGAGAAUGCCAAGAAAAUGUUCCACAACCGAUUGAUAAAGCAUCGAUGGUGUGUUAUGGAGACAAUUCAGACAGUAAAGACGCUUGUCGUGGUGACUCUGGAGGUCCAAUUCAAGUACCAAAUGAUGAUGAGUCACAUUGUACCUAUAAAAUAAUUGGAGUUGUAAGCUUUGGCGCUUUAAACUGCGGAACACCGGGAAUUCCAAGUAUUUUCGUCAAUGUAUACAACUAUCUGUCAUGGAUCGAAGAUAUUAUUUGGAAAGACGAGAAGUGA